CACCAGAUCGGACAUGGGUUCAAACAUGAUUGCCGCCGUUGUCAGGGCUCCCGGCCCGCCCUCUGUCCUGGCCAUUGAGCGUCUGCCCAUUCCCUCUCCUGGCCCUGGCGAUGUGCUGAUCCGCGUGCGCGCCGCGGGGCUCAACCGGAGCGAGAUGUUCACCCGUCAAGGCCACUCACCGAGCGUGACGUUCCCACGCGUGCUGGGCAUCGAGGCGGUGGGGACCGUCGAGACAUGUCCGUCUGGCAAGCUGGCCAAGGGCGCUGUUGUGGCCACAGCCAUGGGCGGUCUCGGUCGCGCCUUCGAUGGGGGCUAUGCGCAGUACACUUGCGUGCCCGUCACCAGUGCCCAGGUCAUCUACACCGCCGAGGAAGUGUCCAGCGGGCGCGAUGCCGACGGGACACCCCUCCUACCCUGGCCUACUCUCGGUGCGAUGCCAGAGAUGCUACAGACGGCCCGUGGCUGCCUGACAAAGGGCCUGCAGCUCAAAGCAGGCGACAGGCUCCUGAUCCGCGGUGGCACCUCCAGCAUCGGCUUGACGGCCGCGGCCCUUGCCCGUGACAUGGGUGCGACGGUGUGGUCGACGACACGCUCUGAUACGCGCAGCGAGGUGCUGAAGCGUAACGGGGCCGAGCAUGUCGUUAUUGAUUCAGGUCACGUUGCCGAGCAGGUCAAGGGCGCCGACAUCAACAAGUGCCUCGAGCUGAUUGGAACAAAGACGCUCAUCGACUCGCUCCAUGCAGUGCGCUGUCCCGGAGGGAUCGUAUGCAUGGCAGGCAUUCUGGGCAACAGCUGGACGCUGAAGGACUUCAAUCCGACAGCGUCGAUUCCAUCGGGCGUCUUUCUGACCGGGUAUGCCGGCAGCACAAACGACUUCAUGGACACGCCCCUGGCCAAGAUCGCUCGUGAGAUUGCCGCGGGACGCAUGCGACUGGAAGUGGGCGCGACUAUGCCGAUCCAGGACAUCGUCAAGGCCCACACGCUGAUGGAGGAGAACAGAGCAAAUGGCAAGAUUGUCAUGCUGCUAGAUUGAGCGGUCCGCCCAGCGCAUCUUUUCGCCUUGGCUUUCUGUACAAGUUGGUGACAGAGGCAACGGACGUGACUACAAUGACGCGUGGAUACACUGCUAUGGUUCACCAGAGCGCGCGGUACAUGCUGCCGUGGUCAAUUCGCAUUGCCGUGUCCUCGACUAGCAUGUAGCGGCGAGCAUUCACUGCUGCACGGCCAAAUUCUAACCGGAACCCUCGGUGGGGUCGCAUGCCACGUGGG